GAAAGAGGAUGUGAAGGUGUCUGAGUGGGGGUGAAGGGGCAGCAGUCUCUAGGGGAGCCCCCUCCCUGUCCCGCCCUUCUGCAACAGCCACGUCUUAUUUAUGUAAUCUGGCGAAUUUGGAAUCUGCACAGGACCAUCCAUCACCUGGGAUUGAGAAGCAAAAUCUGGAUGUUCCAGUAAUGGAGAAUCCGAUGAGCAGCGCAUUUCCUUCGUCACGUAUUCAAGAAGACGAUGGCUUAAAAGAGAACAUCGAUGUUCCACCUGGGGUAAAUCAUUCAGAAGGAUCGUGCGGUGGCAGCGCCUCCCAGCCUGCCAGCCAUCCAGAUUUUGCCGAAGACGUCUUGCAAAGCCAACUGUUGCGCAAUGAGUCAUUUCAUAAAGCUGAACAUAGCGAACUGAGGGCCGAGGAGGAGAGCGCCAAGAGAGGAAGCUGGUCUAAAGGGCGGAAGAGGAAGAAGCCUUUAAGGGACAGCAAUGCCCCCAAGUCCCCCCUCACGGGCUACGUCAGGUUUAUGAACGAGCGCCGGGAGCAGCUUCGCGCCAAGAGACCCGAAGUCCCGUUUCCAGAAAUCACCCGGAUGUUGGGCAACGAAUGGAGCAAACUCCCGCCGGAGGAGAAACGGCGCUACCUUGACGAAGCCGACAGAGAUAAGGAGCGCUACAUGAAGGAGCUGGAGCAGUACCAGAAGACGGAGGCGUACAAGGUCUUUAGCAGGAAAACCCAGGACAGACAGAAAGGCAAAUCACAUCGGCAAGAAGGAACACGCCCAGCUACCCAUGACCAUCAGAAGGAACCGGAUACAAAGGAGAGAUCGGUUUUCGACAUUCCAAUAUUUACAGAGGAGUUUUUAAACCACAGUAAAGCGCGAGAAGCCGAGCUGCGCCAGCUGCGCAAGUCCAACAUGGAGUUUGAGGAAAGGAACGCGGCCCUGCAGAAGCACGUGGAGAGCAUGAGGACCGCGGUGGAAAAGCUGGAGGUGGACGUGAUCCACGAGCGCAGUCGCAACACGGUGUUGCAACAGCACUUGGAAACGUUACGACAGGCUCUAGCUGGUAGCUUUGCUGGGGUCCCCUUACCAGGGAGCGGGGAGACCCCCACCUUAGACACUAUUGAUUCCUACAUGAAUCGGCUGCACAACCUUAUCCUGGCCAACCCACAAGACAACGAGACUCUUAUAGCGACAGUCCGGGAGGUUAUAAACCAUCUUGAACGUUAAUCACUUGUUUCUAGGGAUUUUUUUUUCCCUUAAAGGGGGAAAGAAGCCUGGAACGUGACCCAUUGUGUGGAACUAAGCCAAGAAACGGAAGGCAAAAAGUUGGAGAUAAGCUCCAGUUCUUUACUUUAAAGCUUGAGGAGGACUAUGUUUUUGAGAAGUCGCGAUAAGAUAACGGCCUCCUCUCAGCUCAGUUUUUCUGCCCCGUCCUCCAUUCCUUAUCGUUUAUCCACUAGCCAUGGACCAACUGCGCCGAACAACACGAGGGCUGUGCUUCGUUCUCAUUUGAGUCAAGGUUGUUUUUAUUUUUGUGGCAACGAAAACAAAGCUCUGAAAUGUUUUUUCUUCACGUGCUCCAGGGGAGAGCAUUUUGCCUGCCUCUUUGCUCCUCAGUUUCAUUUCGGUCCUGUCUUGCCCAACACAAACGUCCCUGGGCUUCCCUUGGCGUGAAGGCCGACCAGCCUCCUUCUGACAUUAAAAAUACAAGAUCUUCACGUACACUUCGUAGAUCUUCAUGGUCCCAACUUCUUUUUAUUUUGUAGCAUGCUACUUAGUUUGGUGUUUACGGGAGUCUUACUCCAAUCUCUCUCUCUCUCUCUGUCUCAAAACCAGGAAACGUGCAAAGGGUCUUUGUGUGUGUCUGGGAGGGGGGGUUACAUUUCUUCCCCUUUUUUGGUAAAAUGUGAUGAUCCUUAAGAAAUAAAUGAUGUUAAAAAGGGA